UUUCAGAACCCGCCGCCGGCAAGAAGAGCGCUGUACGUCACCGGAUCGCUUGAUCGACUCGACGGACCUAACCGUUCUAAAAACCGGAUAAAUUGUGCCGGACUUCUGUCUUAAGUUAGAUUUUCACUUGAAAAAUCAGCCAUAUUGUUGAAAAUGAGUACGGACAACAUAGAAAAGCUUUACAAGCAUUUCGGUGUUCUUGCGGAUGCCAAAGACAAAGUCAGCGAGCAUGAAGAAGACUACCUGGAAAUUCUGAAAGCAGUUAAAGGAUCGGACAAGGAGAAGAGACUUGCAUCCCAAUUCAUUGCCAGGUUUUUCAAACAUUUUCCUGCUCUUUCUGAUCAGGCCAUUGAAGCCCAACUGGACCUUUGUGAGGAUGAAGAUUUGGCUAUACGUAAGCAAGCUAUAAAGGACCUUCCCCGUCUAUCUCAAGAUCUCAAAGUAUACACAUAUCGCAUUGCUGAUAUUUUAGCUCAGCUCUUGCAAGCACAGGAUCCUUCAGAGCUCAGUGUUGUUCAUAACUCCCUCAUGACUUUGUUCAAGCAGGAUCCAAAAGGUACAUUAACUGGCAUAUUUUCCCAAAUAUCUAAUGGGGAUGAUCUGAGUCGUGAGCAGUGCAUGAAAUUCUUAACUGUGAAAAUAAGAGCACAGGGCUCUGAGAUAUUGGACAAGGAAAGUGAAGAUUUUCUGAUUGCAGAAUGCAAGAAAGUUCUUCAGGAUGUCACUGCUGAAGAGUUUCAUCUAUUAAUGGAACUCCUAAAUGCCACCCGUCUUGGCAAGACUGUUAGUGGUCAAAAGGAGCUGGUGGAUAUUGCUGCUGAGCAAGCUGAGUUGGGUCAGUCUUUUAACCCAACUGACCCAGACAAUGAAAGCUUUGAUAGACUUGUUAACUGUGUCAAACAUGCUCUUCCAUAUUUCUCGAAACAACUUGAAUCUACUCGAUUUGUGGUUUACUUUUGCGAUGAAGUACUUCCACAGUUGCACUUGGUUGGAGGUGCUGAGGAAGGAACUGGAACAGAUCAGCAGUUAGAGUUGUUGAAUCUUUUGGCAGAUCUCUCAACUUUCUGUGGACCGUUGGAGAAAGCUGAAUCAAGAGUCAAUGAAGUUUUCACCCGACUGUUGGAAUUUAUGCCACUUCCUCCUGAUGGUGAUGCUGAUGAAAAAAGUGAACCUCGACUUGACUUUUCUCAUGUUGAAUGUCUCAUUUAUUCAUACCACAGACUGGGUAGACAAUGCCCUGAGGCACUUUCUAAAGAUGCUGAGAAACUGAAAGACUUUAGACUGAGACUUCAUUACUUUGCUAGGAGUGUGCAAGGAUACAUGAAAAAGCUUCAGGAAGCUCUUCGUGGGAAGACUGGCGAAGAAUUGAAAUCUGAGGAAAACAAGUUAAAAGUUGUAGCUCUUAAAACAACUUCAAACAUUAACACCCUGAUCAAGGACCUAUUCCACACACCCCCAAGCUUCAAGAGUAACAUUGUCCUCUCUUGGAAACCACCCAGUGCAUCAUACACCAAUCAGGAUAGAGAAAUUUUGAAUGACUCUGUACGUUCAGGCAGUAAGAGGCACACACCUAUCACAUUUGGAGCAGACUCACCAAAGCAUCCUAGAACCAGCAUUUCAAACCAGAGAGAAAUUUAUACCCCUCCUAGUGGGAAAUACAGCAACAAAGUGUCCAGCUACAUGCCUCAACGAGGUGGUGUGCGAGGAACCCGAAGCCGUGGCAGAGGAUUUGGAGGACGAGGAAGAGGUGCAUGGAGGGGGCGGAAUUAUUGAAAGCUCAUGUCAUGAAGUCUCAAUUACUUUUAUUAUUUGACAUCAGGAAUGUUGUGAUAGUUCCAAUUAUGCUAACUUCUUUUGUAUUAAUAUUUGAUUUAGUUUUGUACAUACAUACAUAUAUCUAUGACUUAGGCCUGAAUGAAUCAGUUUCUUACAAAUCAAAUAAUUCUUAUAAUCUAAUUUAUGACGGAGAUGAGCUGUAAAUGGAUUGGAGAAGGGAGUGCAAUUUUUUUUAUCCAAAAGAUGUGAUUUUGUCCUGUAGAUAGUUUGAAUGAACAUGCUAAUGAGAAGGGCCUAACUAAUAAGUUAGUCUGAAGUCAGAAUUAAGCUAAUCAGUGAUGUACCGAUUCAAGUGUGAAUGUAUUAACUUUUCACAGACCUUAUUAUGCAAAAAUUUCCUCCUGAACUAAGGACUAUAAGAAGACUAUCUUCCUUCCUCCAUCCAGUUUUUUGUCAAACUAAAACAACAACUAAAUAAUAAAAAUGACUCUCCAAAGUGAAAAGAAAUAAAAUGAAGUGAAUUUAUAAUAACUAGAUUUGAACGGUACAUCAUCCUGAAGUAAUAUUUGUAUCUGUCCUCUCUUCAUACCUUUUUUCACAGUUAUCUUAUGCAACGAAGCUUAGUACGCUGUACUUUUGUGUCUCCUCUUCAGCCUUAGGCUCGUUGUGUGAAGAAGAUAGCGCGUAUUUUGCAGCAUUGGCACAGCACAGCUUCAGGAGUCUGUUUUACCCUUUUUUCCUUUUCAGGGCAUGUUAAAGCACGAGUUACAGUCUACAAGUUCAUUUGUUUGCUCUUACCGAUGUCAUUGGAUGUUUUCUUCCUCUAGGUUUUGUCCGCUAUGAUGCUGAAGUUUCGUCUUGAUGUCUUUCCAAACCUUCUUGUUUUGGUGAUUUCAGUGGGCUUUUGCUGCAUAAUUGGUAUUGUUGGUACUGAUAAUAUGUUUUCUUUCAGGUCUCAGGUGAGUAAUUGAGUUCUAUUGUAUAUUCUCUCUUCCCUUGAACCAUUGAUGUAUUUAGAGGAUUUUUGUUUGUUUAUUAAAGGAAUUUUUUUCCCCUUUAAUAUGUAGAACUAAUUAGGCUACUACAAAUGAAUCACAAAUUGAACUGAAUAGAUCGUGUCAUUCUCUCUGCAUGUA